AUGUCUAAUAGUGGAACCAGUAAUGGUAACUCUCAGAAACCACACCUAGAGGGUUGGCUAGACAAACAAGGAGAUAAAGGAUUGAUUAAAGGAUGGAAAACAAGAUUCUUUUCAUUGUCACCGAAUGCAUCGGAUCUACAUUACUAUGAGAAUCAACCGGCACCGGUAUCGAGUGGAUCGCAAUCGAAUAUCAGUGUUAUCGGAUCGAAUUCACUGGGAUCGAUCGAUAUUAAGCAGGUAACCUCUACGAAAAUACAUGAUCCUGCAACCUAUAUGUUCUCGAUUGACGUUCCAUCGAGAUCGUAUGUACUGCGUGCCAAGAAUGAACGUGAGAUGCAAUAUUGGAUACAAGGUGUUGCCAACGUCAUCCAAUACCAUCAGAAACUACGAGAGAAUCGUAACUCACUCAACGCUGUAACCCUCCUAGAGAAUACAAUCACUCAGAAGGAUUUGGAAAUGAAUAAACUCAAAGACAUCAUAGAUGUUCAAAAGAGAAAUAUAAAACAAUUGACACUUCGUCAACAGAAAGAUGAAUUGGAAAUUCAAACGUUAACUGAAAGAUUGGAUAAUUCAAAACAAGAGUUGGAAAAGAAGGAGAUCACUAUUGGUUCGGUGAGAAGAGAAUCGAUGAUUGCAAAUACAGAGGAGUUGAACAAGUUGGCGUUGGAAAUCAGUACGUUGAGAUCGAAGGAACAGGGAUCGGUUCAGGAGAAGGAUGAACAAAUCAAACGGCUGGAACAGACGAUCGUCGAUUACAAGCUGGAGAUGCAAACAGAGUUGAUGAAGAAAGCACAGGAGUUGAAGGAGAUCGAGUUGAAGAUGGAGACUGCAGAGAAGCAAAAAGCGAAUGAGUUGGAACUGGUGGAGCAACGUCAUCAACUGAAUUUGCAACAAGCGAAACUUGUAGAGUCGCGACUACAAGAGGAUAUCGAUGAUCGUGAUCACGAGAUUGAACGUCUCACCAAAGAACGACUGGAAAAGACAGUGUCGCUGCGUGACGAUAUCGAGCGUGAGCGACAAGAGUCACAGAAUGCAAUCGCUUCACUGCAAGAGAAGUAUCAAUCCACUAUCAAUCAGCUGCAACAACAGAUUACAGAGUCGAACAACCAGAUUGCUCAGCUUGGACAGCAAAGCGCAGAGAGCAGCGCUCAACUAGAGUUGAAGAUAUCCGAUUUGACAGAGCAGUUGAAUGCAAAGAAACAAUCUUUAGAGUCACUUGAGAAGCAGUAUUCCGAGAGUCAAGAUCAACUUCAAACCAAGAGUCAGUCGGUUGAGUCGUUGGAGAAGGAAUUGGAGUCGACAAAGAAUGUAGUUUCAGAGAUGAAGGAGCAGUUGUCAUCGAAUCAAGAUGAUCUACAAGCAAAGUUGGUUACAUUGACUGAAGAGUUGGAGAGUAAGAAACAAUCGUUGGAUUCAGUCGGCCAGGAAUUAGAGUCUGCCAAACAAUCUUUAGAGGAACUGGAGCAACAGUUACAAGAGGAAAAGAAUACUGUACAAUCACUAAAUGAACAACUUGCUUUGGAGAAACAGCAACUUCAACAACAACUAGAUGAUGUAAAUAGAACUUUGACUAAUAAGACAGAUGAAAUAGAACAGUUGAAAUCAGAGAAUAGCGAGCUCAGAAUCGGGGCUAACAAAGUUGGAGAGUUGACAGAGCAACUUACUGUGUUGCAGUCUGAGAAGGACAAAGAUGCUCAGGGUUUGGCAAAGAAGCUAGAGGAGUUGGCGUCACUACAGAGCCAACUAUCAGAGUUGUCCAAUGAGCAACGUGAUUCAGCAUCGAAAGCAAAGGAGUUUGAACAACUCUCGAGAGAGUUGGGACAACAAGUCAAAGAUAGAGAUGCGGAUAUCGAGCAGUUGAAUUUGUCGCUCGGUGCAUUGAAUCAGCGAUUGGUGGAUAGCAGCCAAGCGAUACAAGAGGUAAAGUCAGAGUUGGAGUCAAAGAAGCGAGAGAUCUCCGAUUUGGAGAGAUCCGUUGCUGAGAAGCAACAGGCUGUCAAUCAUUUGAAUGAUCUCGUUCAAAAGAGUGGAGAAACCAACGAGGCGAUUGCACUGUUGGGUUCGACUGUGAGUCAACUCACCGUGAGCAAGGAGGAAGAUUCCAGUCGUAUGAGCGAGUUGAAAGCAGCACUUCAAGAGAAACAAGAGGAUAUCGAUCAACUCAAAGAGGAACUGGCCGAGAAGGACGAAAAGAUCGAGGAGCUAAGAGAAUCCGUAAGUGAUAUUGCGUCGGAUUCCAAAAAGAUGAUCGAUGCCAAAGAUGAAGAGUUGAAUGUUGCCAAACAACAGUUGGAAGAACAAUCCAAUGUUUUGUCAAAGAAGGAGGGUGUCAUUAGACAUUUGGAGGAUGUAGAGAUGCCACAACUCAAGGAGAAGUUGGAAGCACUCCAGAAGGCGGUGGACACUCAGAGCGACAGUGGUAAAGAGAAUAUCAGUCAGUUGGAUAGCCAUAUUGAAGAUUUAAAAGAAAAGUUAACAGAGUCUGAUUCGCUGUUGAAAGAGAAGGACGAUGAGAUUGCAAGAGUAAGACAAGAGUUGGAGCAACAAAGAACAGCUAGUUUGGAACAACAACAACAACAUCUUCAACUUUUACAGUUGCUACAACAACAGAGUAGUAGUGCUAGUCAAGCAGAAGAUUUGUUGUUGUCCACUAAUAAGCUUAAUCAAGAGUUAGAGGAAAGAGAUAGUAAGAUUAGUGAGUUGGAGAAUCAAGUUCUUUCGUUGAGUGAUGAAAACAACACCAUUAAAGAGUCAGAAGCAACUCUAAGCAAGGAGCGAGAUGAAUUACAACAACAGCUAUUACAACUCAAACAAGAGGCAAGUUUGAACAGCGAUGAUAGUGAACAGCAACAACAAGUCGUAUCAGAACUAAAGGAAUCAUGUGAAAACAAAGAGAAAGAGUUGGCAGAGUUAAGAGGAUUGUUGGAGCAAAUAAAGACUGAAAGUGAGUCAGCUAUCAAAGAAAGACAGUUGGCACAAGAAGAAGUACAAUCAUUGUUGAUCAAAAUCGAAGAGCUGGAGACAACCAACAGUCACAAGGAGUUGGAGAUAUCAGAUUUACAAGAGAAGUGUCAACAACUGACCGAUGAACACUCUAGAAUGCAAUUGGAUUCCGUAGAGGCAAACAAUACUAUGGAGUCAAAGAUGAUUGAAAUGGACGAGUUGAACGCUGCACUCAUCAAAGAGUUGAAAUCGCUCAAAGACGAAGCAAAGACAUCGCUGUACUCGCUCGACGAUGUCAAGAGUCGUGUCAAUGCAAUGGAUACAACCAUUAAAGCACUGACCGAAGAGAAGGAACGAUUAUCCAGAGAGAACGGACAACUAAAGGAUAGUAUUGGCAAGGAGUUCUCAACACUCGUUACCUCGGGUGACGAACAUGCCACCGAGAGAUUGAAACAAAUCAUCAGCAUGUCAAAUUCAAUCGAUGACAUUGCUCAUCAACUCGAAGAAGCAGAGAGCAGUGAUAGAUAUCAAAAGGAGAAUGAACAGCUGCUUGCCGAGUUGAAUGCCGUCAAGCAGGAGCGUGAGGAUUUGUUGAAACAAAAGUCAUAUCUCUCACAGGUAUUGGAGGACAAGGAAGAUCAAUUGGUAAUCAUUCGUGUCGGUAAGGAAGACGGUGAAAAGAAGUUCAAACAACUGCAUGCCAAUUUCUUGGAGUUGCAGCUCGAUAUGGACAAAUCACAGAUUGAACUCAGAGAUAUGCGAAUGAAAUACGACUCUGAGAAUCUCAUUCGUUUGAAGGAACUCUACUUCCUGACGGUUGCCAGAAGUAUAAAACUCCAAAUUGCCAACUUGGGUUGGGAGUGUAAUCUUAACAUCUAUGACCUCUACGAAACCGCUAUCAACACACCGAAACUUUCAUUUGAAGAAUGGCCUAUGUGGAUAACAAAACAAUUCGAAUCAAAUAAAAUAUAA